AUGACGGCCUCGCCGCCAGGUUCGCCGUCAGGUGCGCCUCAGCGACUCAGCGGCAUCAUGCGUACCCCCAGGAGCACCAGUCGGUUGAGCAUGAGUUCUAAGCAAGGCGGAGGAAGCCGGGCCUCUGAUGAGGAUGCCGUCCGUGUCCGACCCCCUUUGAAGCCCGACGACCCAAAUUAUGAAUUAAUUCCGCAACGUUUCCAACGUUCCAUGGUCCACGUCACCACACCAACCAACUUAGCCGUGGAUGUUCCGCAGGGUCGCAAAUUGUUUGUGUUUGACCGGGUCUUUCCCGAAACGGUAGAUCAGGCUGGUAUCUGGGAUUACCUCAACGACAGCGUCACUUCUUUCCUACAGGGAUACAAUGUCUCGAUUCUGGCCUAUGGCCAAUCCGGUGCGGGUAAAUCCUAUACGAUGGGAACAUCGGGGCCCAAUGAACAGACUUCGAGUCAAGGAAUGGGAAUCAUCCCACGCGCCGCCCAAUAUCUUUUCGAACAAUUGGAAGGUCCCCCGAAGCACAGCCGCAACAGCUCGACAGGCUUACGGACGCCCGCGCGAUAUUCGAUUAGCUCAGCUUCUAGUUUCAGCAAGGCAAACACUGAAAAAAACUGGCAGAUGAAAGCUACUUAUGUUGAAAUUUAUAAUGAGCACCUGAGAGAUCUCCUUAUCCCAGAUUCAACGCCCACAGGUGAGCGCAGCACGGUUACCAUUCGCGAAGACACGAAGGGUCGCAUCAUUCCUACCGGUCUGCACCAGGUCAACAUCAACUCGAUCGAUGACCUCCUAGGCGCGUUGAACUUUGGCUCGACCAUUCGACAGACAGACUCGACUGCGGUUAACGCGAAGUCUUCUCGAUCGCACGCGGUGUUCAGUUUGAACCUUGUUCAGCGCAAAUCCGCGAACGGAGUCACCUCCACCAAGGACAAACGGAUGUCCAUGCCCGCCGAUUUACCCUCUGGUUCUGAUGUCUCCGUUACCGUGGAGAGCAAGUUCCAUUUUGUUGAUCUGGCUGGAAGCGAACGGCUGAAGAAUACCGGAGCGUCCGGAGAGCGCGCCAAAGAAGGUAUUUCUAUCAACGCUGGUCUAGCUGCCUUGGGCAAGGUCAUCUCGCAGUUGUCCUCUCGUCAAGCAGGCUCGCACGUCUCCUAUCGUGAUUCAAAACUUACACGGCUCCUGCAAGACUCUCUGGGUGGAAAUGCGUACACCUACAUGAUUGCGUGUGUGACGCCAGCCGAGUUCCACCUCAGUGAAACGCUGAACACAGUCCAGUAUGCGCAGAGAGCAAGAGCGAUCCAAAGUAAACCUCGAAUUCAACAAGUCCAUGAUGAGAGCGACAAGCAUGCCGUGAUUGAACGACUCAAAGCGGAAGUGGCAUUUUUGCGACAGCAGCUCCGCAAUGCUGAGGAUAAUGAAAGGCGCAGCGUCGAUCCCCAAGACCGGUCGGAGCGUCAGAAUGAGAGGGAGGCUGACCUCCAGAACCAGCUCCUCGAUGUUCAGGAAAGCUAUAAUGCGCUCAGCCAACGACAUGCUAAAUUGAUCUCCGAGCUUGCUAGAGAUUCGGAAACAGAAGAGAAUACUGAUCCGAAUGACGCCGCGUCAUACAUCGGCAAAAACUCCAUUGAAAGGUUGAAACGGUCUCAUUCUUUUGCGGAAUCUGUUGAGCAAGUGGUGCUGGAAUAUGAGAAGACCAUCCAGAGUCUCGAGUCAUCCCUUUCCAAUACGCGAUCCUCACUAUCGGCAACCGAAAGUACGCUUCUGGAGCGUGAGACCAGAUGCACUUACGUCGAAACUGUAAAUACACAACUUCAAGCUCGCAUCCAGAAGCUUCUCGAACGAGAAUCCGGUACAGAAACUUACCUCCAUGAACUGGAGUCUAGGCUUGAUGGGCAGUCCUCCGGUGAAGAGAAACAAGCGGCCAUCAUCUCAGAGCUUCGUAAAGAACUGACUCGCGCCCGCGAUAGUGAAGCUAACUGUGAAGAUUACAUAACGACGUUGGAAGAGCGCCUGGCGGAAGCCGACCAAGAUAUGGAACUUAUGCAGCGAGAAGUGGAUCGCCUGGAGCAUGUCAUCGAGCGUCAAAGGAGCUUGGGCAAAUUGGAUAACCUCCUAUAUGAUCUUGAUCACAGCCAGCAGAACGGCAGCACAACAAGGGACCACGAAGAACCGGAGAUGCAGACGCCUGUUAAGCGUGCUUACCAUCCUCAAAGGCGGGCGGCGUCCCUUGAUGUGUUGACCGAAGCCGUUGAAACUGCUAUACCGGAAUCCGACGAGGACUCUGGUGAGCCCGCCCCCGAGGUUGAGGAUGACACCCUCAAUUCGGAGCCGGCUGCUGAGGCUAACGACGAUCUUAAAGUGUUGGAGAAUGCUGCCGAUCGCCUCCAGGUCGACCAGAAUGAACAAGUCCAGGAUCGGACCCCUAGCCCGACUCAGUCCAGGGUCGUUGCGGAUAAGCUCGAGACGGUCACUCAGGAGCUAUUCGAUUUGCGUACGCAGCACGAGUCUACAGUGAGCGAGUACGAGAUGCUCGAAGCCAAGUAUGAGCAAGCUAUGAAGGAAUUGGCCGACCUGCGGCAGGAUGCUGUGGACGAAGCUCGGCAUGCCUCACCCGAUACCCGCCAUCUCAUUUCACCAGCCCCUACUUCGCGACCCGUGUCUUUUUUAGAGGAUGUCAAGGCCCCCGACUCGAAGACUGGAAUACAACAGUCCUCCUCGCGAUCACUCUCAUCGGAGUUAUCCUUGGUCGGGGAGCCUGCUGCUUCGCACGAAUCAUCUAACGCCAAGUCCGGACCCGAAGCAGAAAACCAUGUAGAUACAGUGUCUGAAAUCGACGAGGCCAAGGCACAAGAGGUCGAGCACAUGCGCAGACUGCUCUCUGAGCAUCAGGAAGGUGUCAGUAUUAUGACCCAAAAAUAUGCUGAGCUACAAGCCGAACACGCUGAGACCCUACAUCUCAUCGAAUCACUCAAGUCCGAACUCCAGAAGCCAAGAGUUUCUCCUCCCACAACACCAGGCUAUAAGCCUGUCAUUCGGAGGAAGUCAAGCCAAACCCUGAUUGGAAAUGUCGACCGAGCGCAUCGCUCUCUAGCUGCCCUGCGGAACAUUGCAGUGGAAGAAUUUGAGAGUCGUCCUGAUACGAUGCAAAACUUCGAGGUACAUUUGGACUCAGCUAUGCAUGAACUGCACAAUCGCAUGGAACGUAUUCAAGCCUUGGAAGCUGAAAACCAAAGCGUGAAGAAGGAAAUGGAGACAAAAUCGACCAUCAUAUCUGGGCUCACUCGUGAACGUUCCAGUCUGCAAGGUAGCGCUUCAUCAGUGGAUAUGGGUCUUGUCUCCCAGUUGCGCGACCAAGUUGUCCAGCAGGAGAACAUCAUCAACGAGAUGAAGGAAGCGCAUGAGGCCAGAGAAAAGCAUCUGCUUGCUGAAAUUGAGGAGUUGAAGGCUCUUCUCAAGACUCAAGAGGAAGCUGCUAAAGCAUAUGAUGCAGGUGCUGAGGAGCAGGACAAGAGGAUCGGCCUUCUUGAGGGCGAAUUGACCCAAUGGAAGACCAAGCACCAGAGCGCUGUAGAAUCUCUGCAAUCUUCAGAGCAGCAGCUUAGUACCACGCUUGCAGAGCUCAACGGUGCUCUAGCCACUCUGGAUUCAAUGCGCGCCGAAAGAGCCGCUGCUGGUGAAGCAUCGUCUGCCGAGAAGGAGGCGGCCGCAAAGGCUCUGGAGGACGAGAGAUCCCAGCAGCAGGAGCUUGUUGAGGGACUGAAGCGCGAUAUCGAGCAGCAUAAAUCUACAGCUGCUGCUCACGUGGACACAAUUUCCUCUCUAGAGAAGUCCCACGGCGCGGCUCAGGAACAGCUGAGGGAACUCCUCACCUCGAAAGACGCCAGUGGAAAUGAAAUCGACGCGCGCCAAAACCGACUUAGACUCUUGCAGGAAUCACACAAAGCAGAGCUUGUCGAGUUAGAGGCACGGGCUAAGGCUGCAGCACAGGCCGAGUAUGAACUGCAACUCACGGAGAAGGACACCGAGCAUGACAACGCCCUGAAGGCUCUGAGAUCCGAGAUCACGGAGUCGCGAGACGAACUGGUCAAGUUGCUCAAGAUGGUUUCUAACCUUCUGAACUCCGACGUCACCGCAGACAACCUGGCAGACCAAAUUCAGGAAAUUCUGACCCAGAAGCAGCAUUUCUCUGAUAAAUAUGCUGAGUUGAUGGGCACGAAUGAAGAUCUUCGCAAGCAACUGGAGCUCAAGGCCAAUGACAAUGAUCGUGUUGACGAGUUGACUAAGAGCAACACUGAGAAAGAGGCAAAGGUGAACGAGCUUGCUGUCUUGGUUGCUACACUUGAAGAUACUCUCAACCAGAGAGAGGAGCAGAUCAAGAAGAAGGAAGCGCUUGUUGAGGAGAUUUCGGCCGAGAAGGAGAAGAGUGUUCGUCUCGUGGAGGAGCUCGAAGAGCAGAUCACCAACAGUUUCGAUCAGCACCACAACCGUCUCUCUAUUAUCCAACAGGAGCGUGACCAGGCUCUGGAGGAUGCAAAGGCCAAGAUUGUUACUUACGAGACGGAUAUCGAAACUUACAAAGUACGAAUCGAACAGCUUGAGCUUCAAAUCAAGAAUAGCUCAGGCCAGGAUUCUACCUCCCACGACCGCAGCAGCUCUAUCACCUCUAACUUGCGGAAGAGCUCCUCUGCAACAUCCCUCCCAUCUCCACCACCUGCUAUUCCCCUCCCGCCUCUCCCUACCAUUGCUUCCGCUACCAACGGAACCUCUGGUAGCAUCUCUCCCCCAAGCUCUCGCCACGCUAGCAAAGAAUUGGCCAGUACCCAGGUCGUCGAGGACCAGGAGGCUCGUAUUCGCACCAUAGAGAAGCAUCUCUACGCUGAGAAGCAGCUCACUGCUACUCUGGAAGAAGCUCUCGGAGACCUUGAAGCCCAGAGUAACAAGGUCAAGUCUGACUGUGAGGCUUGGAAGAAGAAGGCCUGGCAGCUGGAGGAGGAGCUGACCACUCUUCGCAAAGAACGCAACUCUCAGCGCCUGUCACUCCAAGCUGUGGAAGAGGAGAGAAAUGCUCGCCGUGAAGCUGAAGCCGCCAGAGCCCAGCUUGAAGAGCGUAUGAAUGCGCUUAACAAGAAGAAAAAGAAGAGCACCCUGAACUGCUUCUGA